UUAUUCUAAGAAUUUUGAGUAAUUAACCCAUAAAACACUCAUUAUUUGCAUGAAAAAAUUAUAAUGCUCUAAGAUACAAUCAGUUUGCAUUGGUUGAAGUGGCAUUUGACAAUUGUUCACGAUUGAUUUCCUGUGCUUAUUCCUUUGGUACCCUCAUUUUCCUACGACAUUUCAGCCAAGCAUCAAACCCUAAUGACCAUUUGAUGUUGGUUCCCCGUCCUAUUUUCGUGCCAGGUAGCUAUUAAUCUAAUUGACGCCCAAGCAAUACAAUUUGCCAUUGGCAAUGAUUGCCUAUUGAUUAAAUGGAUUCUCAAGGAUUACGAAACAUUAGCACUCUUAGUUCUCCCAACCUAUCCAACAAGAGGCCAGUUUUGUUACCACUUCUGGACCCCUUGGGUGUUAACUUUUCAAUGUACACACCACAAACCAACCUGACUUACAAUCAUCUCCGAAAUUCAUAAAAAAAUCUCAGGAUUUGUCCUUGUCAAAAGGUGGAACUGGGCAAAUUGGGCCAUUGGGUCCAAAACAAUUGAAAGUAAGUGGUCACAAGCAUUUACAUUGCUCCCGAGGUUGCAUCAAUUGCUCACGAGCAAACCUCAAUGCUGCUUCCUCCCACGCCCGUGGGAAGGAUUUCAAGGGAAUGGAUUACUGCUGAUCUGCUCCUUUCAAGUCCUCACAGAAGUGGGCAGUAGUGAUAGUUACCUCGGCAGCUUCUUAUUCUCUUUUUUUUUGAGUAAAAGUAGGUCCUACUCCCAGUUUUAUGGCAAUUGGCAUUUAGCAAAAGACAGACUGCCAGAAGGGAGGGGUCCUUUUUUGAUGAGGAAUAAGAAUGCUUCCAACACAGGGUUGGGUCAGAUGAUGUUUUUGUUGGUGUGAUUCAUGGCUCAUGUGUAUGUAGGAGCAUUUACAUAGGAAGACAAGACAGAUGAGCAACACCAACAUUGCGCAGAUCUCAAUGUUCCUCUAACAUGGCAUCCACCAAAUUCACACAUGCCAUUGUGUCUCGUGUGCCAGAUAUUUUCUCCAAGCAAGCCAAUUCUUGCUCGACAAUCAACCUCCAGUUAGCCCGCAACCAGCAUUUGGCCUUACUAACAGCCAUCAGAGGGUUGGGAGUGGAUGUGUUGGAGCUUCCACCGGAUGAAAACUCCUUAGAUUCCGUCUACACCCAAGACUUGGCCAUCAUCGUGAAUGGAAUCGCUUUGAUGUGCCGCCCAGGCCCGCAUCGACAAGCUGAGGUGGACAAUGUGAAAGCGGUCCUAAAAAAGGAGUUGCACCAAACAGUGGUGGAACCCACCUCGUCCAAAGCUUUGCUUUCAGGUUCAGAUGUGCUUUUCACGGGUCGGGAGUUUUUCGUGGGGAUAUCACAAUCGACCAACACAGAAGGGGCCGUGGCCGUGGCUGCCACUUGGCCGGAAUACCCCUGCACACCAGUGAAGGUGGAUGGACCAUACCAUUUGAAGACGUUCCUUAACAUGGCUGGUCCUGAAGUGAUAAGUGUGGGGGCAGGGCCGGAAGCGCAGAACAUCUUAAAGCGAAUGGAGCGGGAGGCCACCCAUCGGUAUCAAACCUUGACACUGCCAGAAGAUCGAGCGGCCAACUGUCUCUUCGUAAAUGGAACCCUCAUUCACAAAAGUAAAGACGAGGCCCCCAAAUCCGACCAUGUAUUUUCUGCCAAAAUUGAUUUUCCUCGGAUACCUCUACCCAUCUCCGAGUUUUCCAAGACUCCGUCGCAACGUCCAUUGUCAUCGUUGAUCAUAUUGCUACGAAAAACCAAACACGUCCGCCGCAUCUGAGCAAAAGCCAACCUGCAUAAUACAAAUAAUACUGACUGACCUGAUUUCCAUUCAGGAGAAGACACUUUUCAUGGAUUUAUCCUGUGUCCCGGAAAAGCAAACCCGGUCCUUGAGUCUCGUAGUACAUAGUGAACGCGUUGAAUUCCAAGUUGUGAGAAAACGUUCAGGGCCGGCACUGACGAAUUUCUGGUUUAUAUCUCUUCCAAUCAUCAUCCAUUGUUUUUGCGUAUUUAUGAGAAGAUAUUUGCCCUAUUCUAGUCUAUAUCCUUAUGCAUUCGUUAUGUCUUAGUAGCAAAAAGCCAGCAUUCAUCUCCAAAAUUGUCGUUCUGAAACGAAGAUCUGAAUAAAAACAGAAGUGCCAUCUCA